ACGAAAAUCCGACUAAAGUUAAAACAUGAAAAGCUAUAAAUAUAGCAAAAUGUGAAACUGUUAAGCAUUGUGUGAAUGUUUCAGUAAGACUACAGCUUGAGAAACAUUUUAAGGUUAUACCGGCGAAUAUGUCAGCUGACAAAGGAACAGACGUAAGCAAGGUCAAAGCACUGGUCAACGCCAUGCACAAACAAGGCAUUCGUCUUCUUGCGAUGGAUUUCGAUCAGACAUUGAUAUCUAUUCACUCUGGUGGUCGAUGGAAAGAAACAAUUGAAAAUCUAGUCAAAGAGGUCCGUCCCUGCAUGAAAGAUUUGAUUCCUGCUUGCCUUGAAAAGGGGAUUUACGUUGCCAUUGUUACUUACUCGGCACAGUCUUGGUUGAUUAAAGAUCUGAUGAAAAAUUUAUAUGAUAGAGAUGCAUUGAAAAUAGUAGUGAGAGGGAACACAUCUGACUUUUUGGAGAGGAAUAAUUACGAAAUAAACGGGAAAGAGGCUCAUAUUGCUGAUGUGCUAACUUCUUUGUACAAAAAUAGACAUGAAAUUAUUAAGCCAAACGAAGUCAUCCUUUUCGACGAUGAUACAGACAAUACUAAAGAAGCCAAAAAAUUUGGACAUUGGGCCGUUGAAGUGAAAGAAGACAUAUCUUAUGACACCUUCACAGAAAUCUCAGCAAUGUUUCAGUCUAAAAGCUCAAAGUAAUUGAUACAUGUUGUUUCAUACAAUUCAAUGAUUGUGAUAUGAUGUGAUAUUGUCAAAGCAAAUUUUGUUAACCCAGUGACAUUUUUUUUCAUUUGUAAUUGAAAUACAGAUGCAAGAUCCUGUGUCCAGGCUUUGCUUACAAACAUUUUUGAGACCCUGUUCUGUUAAUUAUUACAUCAACCAAUGAAAUUUCUUCCUCUAAAUUUUUUAAGGUGAAUAUUGUUUACACAAGCUCAAGGAUCCCUAAGCUCACAACAGAUAGAAAACAGAGAAUUAUAAGAUCUAAGUUAAUUUUAAGCGAGGACACCAGAUCUGUAUUUCAGUUAGAUCCAUUUUUUUCAUCAUUUAACAUUUGUAGUUUAAGUCCAAUAUUGUUAUACCAGAAAUCAUUCUUGUGUUAUCAUUUUUUUAUGUAAAAAAUGUGAAAACUGUAUUUUUCCUAAUAUCAUAUGCAUAUUGAGACAUGGAUUUUUAUUAAGGGAUUUGAGAAAAUAUUGAACAUGCUGAAUGAAAAUGUUAGAACUGCAAAAGGCCUUGAUUGUCAAACGAUCAUUUUUUAUUAUUGGCCUUUUUUUCUGUAGUGCUUUUAUUUCUUCAGAAGUCUAAUAAUUCUUAACUAAAGUGUUGUAAUUUGACAUGUUUACUUUAUCAUUAAGGUUGAUUUUCCAAGUCAUGUAAUGAAAUAGCAAAAUAAUGGCAAAAUCAAUCUACUGGUAGUUCUAGCUUUUUAACUUAUUAAUAAGUGCCAUAUUUUACAAGUUUUCAAUAAGUAAGCAUUAUUCAUUUACAUGCACAUACAGUACUACAUAAAAAUCAAUCAAAUAAUUUAAGGUGGUACCAAACACCUUGACUAAAAUUAAUUUGGCUCAUUUAAUUUUCAUAAAAUUUUAACAAAAUAUUUGCUUUGACCCUUUGACAAAAAUAUAAAUAUUUCAAAAAACUUGAACCACACACUUUAUUGUGAAAAUUUCAUUGGAUAUAUAGCAGUUUGAAAAACACUAAUUUUGAUCAUUGAGAAGCUUAAUAUUUCCUUAACAAUAGAACCUGAUUAAAACGUUCAGCUGAUUUUCACAGAGUUAUCUCCCUGUAGUGUUAUGUGCCACCUUAAGAUAAAUCUGCCAUAUUUUGGUUAUGGUAAUAUUUGUUUCCAUUUAUGCAAAACUAGACAGAUCCAAAAAUGUUAACAAUGUUUAUGUGUGCUAUUUAUGUUAAAUUGUUUGUCAAACAUUUUUAGUCUGAAAAGUUUUUGUAUUGUCAGCAUUAAUAGUGAAUAUAGGACAAAAACCUAAGAAUUUUGUAGAUUUUAAACAGUUUUAUCUUGAAAUGACCUAUAUCUCUUACUACAAAAACAUUGAAAAUAAAAGUGCAAGGUCUAAGCUUUAAAGAAAUGAAAUUCUCUAGAGCCCAGUUAUCAGCGAACUGUUAUGAUUAAAAAAAGAUUUGAGAGUAUUUCUGAGUUCAGGAUCUGCAUAUUUUUUUCAGAGCACUUGAGAUCAACCACUGGUUUUUGGUGGGGCUCAUGUUGUUCAGUCUGUACUUUUCUAUGUUGUGUUUUGUAUACUGUUGUUUGUCUUUUGGUCGUUUUUCAUUUUUUUUUUUUUGGCAUGGCAUUGUCAAUUUUUUUUUACUUAUGAGUUUGAAUGUCCCUUUGGCAUCUUUCGCCUAUCUCUUGUCCAGCCCAAAUACAUUACCAAAUUUAUAAAACAUUGGCUUAUGUAGAUAAAUAGAUCAGUAUAUAGGAGAAGACACAAUAGGGCAUUUUAUCAUACACAGAUAUUUAUUGAAACAUUAUUCUUCUUAAUACAUAAAUAUGACUCAGUAUUAAUAACAUGUACAAUAAUAGAUCUAGAACAAUACAAGGUAUCAUAGCCAUUCAGAAUAAAAAUCAGGUCAUCACAUUAUGAUGUGUGAGGGUCUGGAUGGGUAGAAUAAAAAAGUAAUGUGCAGAAUAAAGGGCAAAAAAUAUAAAGAAUGGAGAAAAAUAGCCCAAAAAAUAAAAAUAUAGAAUAAUGGGGUGCUAAAAUAUAAAGAAUAGAGAAAAAUUGUCAAAAUUUAUAAAGAAUGGAGAAAAAAAGGCUUAAAAAAAUUAAGAAUACAGAAAUGAAGAACCCCAAUUCUGACCCUGAUGUGUUAUGAUUGCCAAUGACACAAGAACCCACCAGUGACCAAAGGAUGUAGAUUUAAGCAAAUAUAGGUCACCAUCAACAAUGAGCAAAAAUUUAAAUCUUGAUUACAAACAGUGUUCAGAGUGUACACAUAUUCCACCACCAUAUGGAUUGGGAGUUUACCUUCAAUGUUCCAUGUCAAGCUUCCACAUAAAUUAAGUUGAAUGACUAUGAGAAAAGAUAAGCUUGUUUCCCUUUUUUGUGUUAUUCUCUAAGGGAGCUACCAUUUGAUUUUAAUGGGGGGGGGGGGCUAGGAUGAAAUUUGAAAAAAAGGCAGGACAGAAGUUUUGAGUAAAAAAAGGGCAGGAUGAGCAACUUGCCAAAAAAGAUAGGCAGGAUGACAAAUUAUGUAUAAAAAUUCAGGAUAAACUAAUAAAAAAAAAAGGCAGGACCGAAUAAAGUGAAAAAUAAAAAGGCACUGGACCGAGAUUACAAUUGAAAAAAAGGCAGGACACAAUUUUUCAUCCUACCCCCCCCCCCCCCCCCCCCCCCAUAAAAAUCAAAAGGUAGCUCCCUAAAGGCUUAAAACAAGCUAACAUUUUGUAAAACAUUAAGUUCUUGGUCAUGAUUGAAUUCUGUUGUUAUGGUUGUGCAGACAAAUCUAUCAUUUGUACCAUAUUCUUGUACCAGAGUGAGUUUAAAGUUAUACUAUCAAAUUGAAGUUCAUUGUUUGAUUAAAUGUACUUUUUAUUGUUCGUAAACAUUUAUUUAAUUUAACUUUAGUUAAUACAUGUAUAUGAUUAUAAAUGUUUCCAUUGAAAAUUGUAGAUAAGACAUUUUAAUCAUUUCAUCUUUUUGCCCCACUUAUAAAAUGUAUGCUUGCUUUCAGCUUAAUGUCCUAGAACUAUUAGUUUACUAAGAUAAACAACAUUAAUUUUAUGAAUUUCAAUUUAUGUGACAUUUUCAAUCGUUCUUUAUUUCUCUUGUCAAAUGUUACUACAAUUAUGGCACUGUAUCUAUAUAUGGUCUAGUCAAAUGAGAUUUUUUUUUUAAAUGUCAAAGAUGUUUAUACCGUGAGUAAAUACAAGGAAAAUAAAAAACAGGGAAAAUUAAUAAUAUUUGAAGUUAUAUAUAUAAAAUGAAUUUUAAUGUUUAAUUCUUAUUAUUCAAAAACAAAAUUUCUAAAAGAUAAAGCUCAAAAGUAUGAUUUUUUUUUUUAUAAUAGACUAUUUUCAUAUUACCGACUUUUGACUCCGGAUUAUAUAAUUUGUCGACUGUUUACCUUGGACUUCAUGGUACUCGGUCAAGUGAGAGCAACCAAAAUAAGUAAAAUCAAACAUAUAAUCGGUGUAAUUUGAGGGGAAAUUUUAUUGUUUUCCGAUGAUUUUGUAGUGAAAAAAAAAUGUUAAGCAGGUAAUUUUCCCCCAAAAUUGUACCGAUUGAACGCUUGGUUUUACUUCUUUAGCUUGCUCUUACCUGACUUGGUACCAUGAUGUCCAAGGGAACCAGUCGACAAAUUAUAUAAUCCGGAGUCAAAAGUCGGUAAUAUGAAAAUAGUCUAUUGUAAACCAAUAAGACAUUUGAUCAUAGCUGUGAGUAGCUAAUUUUUCAAAAGAGAAAAUUUCAUUAAUGGAGCAGAGAGUAAAAGCAUUUGUAUUUAGAGAUGAAAAUGUCACUAAUAAAAAAAAAGGAAUUCAGGGGCGGAUUUGGCAGUGUCAAAGUAUGGAUUGAAAGUACAAAGAGAGAGAGAGAAGAAAAGAAAGAAAAUGUUAACAACAUGUUAAUCCUGAAAUGUCUGGAACUUUGGGGGGCUUCAGCCAUAGACCUUUUGGAGGGCAAGGUUGUCCCUAUUUUUCAUGCCCCAAUAUAAGGCAACAUCCUUGAUGCACCCCUGGUAUUAUUGGUUUGGGAAAUUCAUUGUGGUUUGUAAUUUAUUAAAGCUUUCACAGAAACUCUGUCUAAACAAACUCUCAAAAUCAAUUUUAAGUUUUUAUGGUUGUAUACAGUUAUAAUAGAAUUAAAUUGAAAAGUGUAUGCUAAGAAUUAGAUAUGUUGCCUUAUUUGCGAAACUUUUAAACGUUUUUUGUAUUAGAAUUUAUUAGUUAAGAUGAAAAUUAUUACUUAAUUAAUAACAGAAAUAUUGAUAGUAAAAAUAGCAAGAAAAGUGCUCAAAGGUUGUGAUAUUAAAUUUGUGAUAAAACUUUUGUAAAAGUGUUUUUUUUUUUUUUAUCUUUACAGUAUAUAUAGAAAUAAUGUUUUUGAAAUUGAAAUAAUUAUUAUACUCCGUUGUAAUUUACUUACAAUAUUCAAGAUAUGGCAAAAAUCAUUUCCUCAAACCGAAUGUACAUAUUUUAAUACAAUUACUUCAUAUAAUGGGUUCAGUAGUUCAACAAUUUACUUAUUUGUUUCCGAGUGUGAUGUGGGGAGUGGACCCCUGCAUAUACUAUCACUGCAUUUACUUUUACAAGUCCAAUUCUUAACUUUUCCAUGGUGCCCCUCUUCCUCUCUUUUGCAAAAUCCUGUUGUUCAUAUCUUUGGUUUUUGGUGUGUAGAUUAUUAUUCUCAUUGGCAAUCAUAAAUGUAUAUCUAUUUUCAUUCUAUUGUUAGGAUGCUGUCUUUUUUACAGUAACCAAUGUAUUACUUUUUUUUUUAUUGUUUUACAAAAAAAGUUCUUCCCAUUUUUAGAAUGCUCAAUAACAUUUAAAUCAUUGAAAUUAGUUCUCUUUAUUCAUUCUUACUAAUUCAUAUAUUAAGUAUUAACAAAAGUUGAUGUUUUUUCAACAAUGAAUGCUUUGUUUACUUUUUGAUAGAUCACUAUUUUAAUUUUGUUUACGCUUUUCCGAUACCAAAAACUUAAAUGUCCUAAAAAUAUGAUAAAAUAUGCUGUCAUGGUUUAAUUACAACAUAUGUUUAAUACAUGUUAAAGAGGGGGGGGGGGGGGGGGAGAUAAAAAAAAGCCAUAAAGUCUUCCAAUUUCCAGAAAGUAUUUUGUGAAAUAUCAAUCAAAUACACAAUUUGCCGGAUAUAUACAUUUAUUACAUUGGUACCAUUGAAUUACAUUGAUUUGAUUUUUUGAUUUUUGGUAUUUUAACGCCACUUUUAAGCACCGCUUUUGGGCUAUUUCGUGGCGGCCAGUUUUUAUUGGUGGAGGAAGCCGGAGUGCCCGGAGAAAACCACCGACCUUCGAUAGGAAAACUGACAAUCCUAGUCAAUUAAGAUUGGAGUCGAGUGCACCCGCACGAGCGGGGUUCGAACUCACAACCUCAGUGUUGACUGGCUAGUGAUUACAGUAGUAACUACUUAGACCACUCGGCCACCGAGGCCCCUGAAUUACUUUGAUUUCCCAGUCAAAUAAAAACCGAUAAUUUCACAUGUGAAAUAAACGUGGUUAUUUCACUCUCUGACGUCAUACAACAAUAGGCGUUGUCAAGACGUCGAUAACGUCGGAUCAAAACAAAUUGUGAAUGCGUAGAAAAAAGAUAUAGUUCCUUACAUUUUCUACAUUAAUGUCAUUAAAAAAAGCCAUUUGCCAAUGUAAUAAAAAGAAUAACUAAUCAAAGGAUUCAAAUAUCGAAAAAUAUUCAACUCGUGACCGAACAACACUGAUAAUUAACUCAUGCGCUACGCGCAUUCGUGAAUUAAUGUGUUGUUCGGUCACUUGUUGAAUAUUUUUCUCUAUUUGAAUUCUUCGAUUAGUUAUUCUAUAAGUAUUAUAUAUUUUUUGCAUAAACACAGAGUCAAAUUGCCAACAGUUAUUGAAAUAACUGCUCACUUUUUAUUUUUGGACAAACAUAAUAUACAUGUAUUUUUAAGAUGUUACAAUGUCCCCAUUUUCAUAAAUAUAUAGUCAUGAUUUACCAGUACAUACAAAUACAGAUUAUGCAAGUUUCAAAAUUUCAGUGGAAUCUUGCCCACUAAGGGAAUGAAUGAACAUUUAAAUCUGAGGGUGGGGGUUAUGUCUUGUUUUCUAAAACAAUUAUGAUUACCAUUUUUCAAGAACAGAAAUUUUGUUCAGGAAGAAAAAAAACAAAAUUUUGUUGAGAGUUUUAGCCAUCACAUUGAAUGUUUAGUUCUUCAACAAAUAAUGCCCUUCCUACAACAAAAAAUAAUAAUUUGGUGCUUGCCUAGUAAGAAGGAAAAAAAAACAAAAUGUAAGAAAAAUUUCACCCACCCCCAUCAGAGUUAAAUGAUAGACCACUCUAAUUUAACUCCAGAUUAUUAGCAAAACAUUGAAUGCAAAAAAAAACUCAUUUUGUCAACUGUAUACAUUGUUGAGUAGUGCGGAAUGAUUGACAUGACGAAAUCUGCUUGAACAAUAGUGUAAGCUGAUAAAAUGCAUCUAUUGUGAAAAUACUUUUCUGCAUUUCACAUUUGAACUAAACGAUGUGAAUUUUCAUGUGUUGCAUAGGAAGUUGUGUGUCUAUUAAUAAAUAUUCAUGUAUAGUGUGGGUGAAGGCAUAGCAAAAAAUGUUUUAAAAUGUAUUUUGAGUCUUAACUUUUGUGGAAUUGAAAUAUAUAUAUACCACCAAUAUUUUCAUUUUUUAUAUGUAAUUUAUUGUUUAUUUUCAAGAACAAAUUGUCUACUUAAUUACGUUGGUACAUGCUCAUUCUUCCAUUAAAAAUGUUCAGUGACA